AUGGCCACCGCGGCUGUUGAUGUUCCUUUUCUUUCCUCCCACUAUUCCAUUCCCGAAACCACCCUCACAACACUCACCCAGAACCCGACCGUCGACUUAGUCAACGAGCUUCUGGGGAGCAUUGCGGCGAAGGCUCGAGAAACAGAAGAGCUCAAGUCCGACAAAUUACGGCUGGAAGUAGAACUUGAGAAUACGGUUCGUGGAAGCGAGGCAAAAGUCAAGGUCCUAAAAUCAUCCGUUGAAAAGGGUCACAAAGAGGUCUUGAAUCUUCGGAACAAGCUGCAAGAGACAGGCAAGAUUCUGAAAUUGAAAUAUUCGCGAAACAAUGGUGAGGCUGAGUUUAACACUUUCAAAUCGCGGAUUGCGUCACUUGAAGCAUCCAAUCGAGAUACCUUAGGUCUUUUGGAAUCUAAAUCCACUGCCUACGACAAACUUGCCGAUGAGCUCUCUACGCAGCAUCGCAAAACAGUUGCUUUGAGGCGAGAAGUCGCUGACCUUGAACAACAGCUACAGGCAGCAAACUCCGCAUCAGCAAGCACACGAUUCCGUGAGCAAAGCCUACAGCAGGAGUUAGAUUUGUUGAAGAAGAAUAAUGAAUGGUUUGAGAAUGAACUUCAGACUAAAUCUGCGGAAUACCUUAAGUUUAGAAAGGAAAAAGCUGCACGUGUUUCGGAGUUACAACGCCAGAAUGAGGAAGCCAACUCGAACAUUGAUACUUUACGACGAAAUGAGACCUCACUCAAACAACGGUUAGACGAAGUCGAGCAAAAAUACGAAGAAUCCCUCACAGCUGUUCAACAACUGAAGGAAGAGGCAAUAAAACAAACCGAGUCUUUUCGUAUCGAACUUGAUAGUGCUAGCCGAUUAGCCGAACUGCAACAAAAUGCUGCUGAAACUGCCAAAAAACGUGUUCACGAGUGCCAGCUCGCCAUGGAGAAAUCGAAGGACGACGCUGCACAAGAAAUAUCGCGUUUGCGUGCCGAAAUCGAGACGGAGCAUUCCGAUAGGGAAGCGGCCGAACGCCGCAUUGCAGAAUUAGAACUUGCCGUGAAGCAACUGGAAUCGGAGGUUGUGUCUGGCAGAAAUCAACCGUCGACCCCGAUUCAUGGCCUCAAUGGUGGCAUCAGCACUCCCAUUCGACCAAGCACCCCCAUCGGUUCUUUCUCGCCAAGGUCUGUACGCACCAAAGGCGGCCUAACUCUCACGCAAAUGUAUUCGGAGUACGAUAAAAUGCGAACACUCCUCGCAGCCGAACAAAAGAAUAACCAAGAACUCAAGACCGCUAUGGACGAAAUGGUACAAGAUUUGGAGUCGAGUAAGCCAGAAAUAGACGAGCUUCGCGCGGACCAUUCGCGCCUGGAAGCUUCAAUUAUUGAAAUGUCAAAUCUUCUGGAUGCAGCGAGCAAAGAAAGAGAAGAGGCCACAAGGGAGGCACGAAAAUGGCAAGGAAAUGUGGAAGGACUGGAGCGCGAAGGAAAAAUCUUACGGCAGCAGCUUCGUGACUUGAGCGCACAGGUAAAAGUGCUCGUGAUGGAGACUCACCUACUUGGCUCUGGCGACAAGGAUUAUAACCGUGAUGAGCUUGAAAAAAUCGCCCGCGAGGGAAUCGACGAGUCCGCAGAGGAUAUGAACAACACUGGUCGUUUUAUUACUCGCCACAUGACUACAUUCAAGAACCUAGAUGAGCUUCAAACGCAGAACGUGACACUCAGACGGAUGCUACGAGAACUUGGUGAUAAACUGGAAGGCGAAGAAGCUCGAAAGAGGGAUUUGUCUUACCAAAAAGACCAGGAUGAGCUUAAAGAGCUGCGUUCUCGCGUUCAGACAUACCGAGAUGAAAUGGCCAGUCUCGUGGCCCAAACCAAGAGCUAUAUCAAGGAGCGAGACACCUUCCGUAAUAUGCUUAUGCGGCGUCGUGAAACCGGCGAUGCGACGAAUCCAUUCUCACAGUCUCUACCAUUGGGUGCAGUUCCUCCUGCUCUGGACAAUACCAGCGCUCAACCAAGCGAAGGACCAGACUAUGCCGAACUUCUUCGAAAAUUACAGGCCCAUUUCGAUUCUUUCCGCCAAGAAACUGCGACGGAUCAUUCCUCUUUGAAACAACAGGUCAAUGAUUUAACGAGGAAGAACAGCGAAUUACAAAGCGAAAUCAGUCGCUCUAGUAGCCAGCUCACCACCUCCAUUCAGCGUGCGGAGCUUCUGCAGUCUAAUUUCAAUAUGCUCAAGAACGAGAAUUCUGAACUUCAAAAGCGGCAUUCAGUUCUCAUGGAGAAUGCAAACAAACAGGACCUCCGGACACAGCAGGUGGCGGAGGACCUUGUGGAAGCCAGGGGCCUGGUGGAUAGCCUUCGAAGGGAAACAGCAAAUCUCAAAGCAGAAAAGGACCUCUGGAAGAGCAUUGAAAAGCGACUUGUUGAGGAUAACGAAACUUUGAGAAAUGAACGGAGUCGCUUGGAUACACUGAAUGCCAACUUACAGUCCAUGCUCAACGAGCGCGAACACGCAGAUUCCGAAACCCGACGUCGACUCCAAUCAACAGUAGAGUCUCUAGAAUCUGAAUUACAGUCAACGAAGCGAAAGCUCAGCGACGAGUCCGAAGAAGCAAAGAAAUUGGCCCUUCGAAGAGAAUUCGACCAGGAACAGAGCCAGAAACGGAUUGACGAUCUGGUUACAAGCCUUAGCUCCACUCGUGAGGAGCUUGUUGCUACCAAGACAAGUAGGGAUCAUCUACAAUCUAGGGUUGAUGAGCUCUCUGUCGAGCUCAAGAGUGCAGAAGAACGCCUGGUAGUGCUUCAACGAAAGCCUUCCGCGGCUUCUGCUCCUGAAAAUGUCGCCCAAGAGGCCACUGAGACUGGUGAACGUGGCGACUUAACCAGAGAACAAGAGUUGGCGGUAGAAGUGUCAGAACUGAAACGUGACCUCGAAUUGGCGAGAAGUGAGCUGAAGCACGCCAAUGAGCAAGCGGAGGACUAUAAGGCCAUUAGUCAAUCAACGGAAGAAAGUCUUCAAUCCCUCACAGAGACGCAUGAACAAUACCGUGAAGAUACCGAUCGUCUCCUAGAUGAGAAGGAUUCUAGAAUCACCGAGCUAGAAAAGCGAAUUGAAGAACUGUCCGCCGAGCUUGCUAGUACAAACAAUGAACUUUCGAAACUGCGCGACCAAGAAGCACAAUUCCAGCGCCGUCUUGAUGAACAGAAAUCGACCUCGGAUGCUGAAAUUGCCAGACUCAAGGAGCAACAAGAACGCUAUGAAGCAGCCGCCCAGUUCCACCAACAAGACCUCAAAGCCCAAGCUGAGAUUGCUCAAAACGCCCAACAAAAUUAUGAAAAUGAGCUUGUUAAGCAUGCCGACGCCGCUAGAAAUCUUCAACUCGUUAGAGCCGAAGCCAAUGAGCUGAAGCUUGAGGUUGUGGACUUGAAAACGCAGGCUGAAUCAGCGAAAAAUAAUUUGACACGUGAGGAAGAAAACUGGAAUGAAAUGAAAGGCAGAUAUGAAAAAGAAAUCGAGGAUCUCAGUCGUCGGCGCGAAGAAGUCCUUAACCAGAACGCAAUACUCCAUGGACAAUUGGAGAAUAUCACAAAACAAAUCUCUAAUCUUCAGCGCGAUAGAGCGGGUAUCACUGAGGGCACUGAAACAGAGCCUGCUUCCGGAUCGGACCUUGAGAGCCUUCAAGAAGUAAUCAAAUUCUUGCGCCGGGAAAAAGAGAUCGUUGAUGUCCAGUAUCACUUGGCAACCCAGGAAAGCAAGCGCCUACGACAGCGACUCGAUUAUACACAGACACAACUCGAGGAUACUCGUCUUAAACUUGAGCAACAACGUCGUUCAGAAGCAGAAAACGAACAGCAUGCGCUUAGUCAUAAUAAAUUAAUGGAAACGCUCAAUGAACUCAACCUGUUCCGUGAAAGCAGUGUUACGCUACGAAACCAGAUUAAGCAGCUAGAGAUUUCUGUCGAAGAGAAGUCGAAACGUGCUGAUGAGCUUCAGGAACAAAUCGAACCACUUCAAACUCGCAUUCGUGAAUUAGAAAACAAUAUGGAAACCAAAGAUGGUGAGAUGAAGCUCCUUCAAGAGGAUCGGGAUCGCUGGCAGCAACGAACGCAAAACAUUCUUCAGAAAUAUGACCGGGUAGAUCCCGCGGAGUUAGAAGCCAUGAAAGAAAAUCUCUCUUCUCUUGAGAAAGAACGGGACGAAGCCGUUUCGGCUAAGGAGGCCCUUGAAUCCCAAGUGUCGACUUUCCCGGAGCAGUUGAAGCAAGCAGAAGAUCGCAUCCAGGAGUUGCGUACGAGAUUAACGGAACAAUUCAAGGCCAGAUCAAAGGAGCUGACUGGGCGUAUAAAUGCCAAGCAAGGGGAGUUGAAUGCUGUUGUUCUGGAGAAAGAGCAGAUUCAGCAAGAACUAGAUCGUACUCGAGAAGAGUUGGACUCGUUAAAAUCCAAAGCUCCAGAGCCCGCUGCUCCUGCUGUUAACACAGAUACGGCAGAACCUCAGCCGACCAACGGCCCAGCACCGGAAUUAAACAAAGACGAUGAUAACAAUAACGACCAGGAAAGAAUUCGGGAAUUGGAGGAAAAGAUUAAAGAGUUGGAGGCGGCGUUGGCUGCAAAGGAGGCCGAAAUGGAGCAGAAGGUUAAGGAGAGGGUUGAUAGGAUGAAGGAAAUUCUGACAAACAAGUUGGCAGAACACAAGGCAGCUCAUCAGAAAGAGAUAGAAAACCUGAAAGCCGCUCAUCAACAAGAACUAGGUUCUAAAGCAGAAGGGACCCCAGUGCUCACGGACGCCGCAGCCCGUGACCUUGUUGCGAAAAACGAAACUAUUAGGAAUAUCAUCAAGAGCAAUAUCAGGAACGCUGUCAACAAAGAAAAGGAAGCGAUGGCACAAAGAGAAAGUCAGCCCCAGCAGGAUACGGAGGCACUGAAGGAACUGGAGAAGAAAUUCGUGGAUGAAAAGGAAACGCUAUUGAAAGAACGGGACCAAAAGAUCAGUUCUGCUGUUGAAUUAGCGGAGAAGAGAUUACUCGCAAAGGUCAGCAUGACUGAAGGACGUGCGAGAGGCGCCCAAGCCAAACUUGAAGUUGUUCAAAAGGCCGCUGCAGAUACUCCUCAGCGGCCCGUAAUCGAAGUCUGGGAAAUUGCGAAGGUCACAAAGCCGGCGAUGCAACAGCAAGCAGCACCAAAACCACCACCACCGGCAUCACCCGCGCCUACUCCGUUGUCGGCUCCGGCUCAGUCUCCGCGAGCACCGGCGACCCCUGUCCCACAGAAAGUAGCACCAAGUGCUUCGCCGAUGCCAACUCCACAACAGCCUGUGGAACCAGUACCUCCUGUAACGCGUCCCACACUAGACAACCAGCAACAGGGGCAGUCGCAACAGCCGCAACCACAACCACAGCCACAGCCACAGCAACAGCCACCACCGCAGCAGCAGCAGCAGCAAGCAAUGACUGGUAACCAAGCAGCUCCCACCCAACAACCUGCGGGAUUACCCAACCGCCCGCCUCAAUCCGCCCAGCCCGCUGCUGGUGCUGGAGUGCUCCGCGCGCUCCAAUCCGGCCUUCCGGUUGCUCGGGGUGGUCGUGGCCGUGGGAUGCAAAGCGGCCCACAGCAUGGCCAAUUUGGCUCUCUCCCCCCCGAUCAGCAGUUCCAGCAACAACAUGCUGGCCGUGGUUCUACCGUGUCCCGUGGUAGAGGAAUGAGAGGUGGUGGCCAAGGCCGCGGCGGCUCUCAACACGUUCAAACCGGGAAUCUCCCCCAGGGUGUGGGGCAAGCAAGUCCUCGCGGUGGAAGAGGCGCGCUCAAUGCCCAAGCUCGCCAAUUUAUCCCUCAUGGAAAACGUGCUCGGGAUGAAGGAGGUGAUGCCGAUACAAAUGCGGGGAAGAGAUUACGAGGCGGAGGCGCUGGGCAAUAA